AUGGAUCGAGGGCUGCAGAGAUCCAGGUCCAACACAGAACUUCGGAAAGAGAAGUCCCGGGAUGCAGCCCGGAGCCGCCGGAGUCAGGAGACCGAGGUGCUAUACCAACUGGCUCACACUCUGCCCUUCGCGCGGGGGGUCAGUGCCCAUCUGGACAAGGCUUCCAUCAUGCGUCUUACUAUUAGCUACCUUCGAAUGCACCGCCUGUGUGCAGCAGGGGACUGGAGUGAGGUUUCAGCAGCUGGCGCAGGGUCCGGGGAGCCACUGGACGCAUGCUACCUGAAGGCCCUGGAUGGCUUUGUCAUGGUGCUGACAGCUGAAGGGGACAUGGCCUAUCUGUCUGAGAAUGUCAGCAAACACCUAGGCCUGAGCCAACUAGAGCUUAUUGGGCACAGUGUCUUCGAUUUUGUCCAUCCCUGUGACCAAGAGGAACUUCAAGAUGUUCUGACCCCCCGGCAGGGCCUAUCCAAGAAGAAACUGGAGGCCCCCACGGAGCGGAGUUUCUCCCUCCGGAUGAAGAGCACACUCACAAGCCGCGGGCGGACCCUCAACCUUAAAGCUGCCACCUGGAAGGUUCUACACUGUACGGGGCACAUGCGGGCCUACACCCCCCCUUCAGAGCCCUCUGCGGGCAGUGGGCCGGGGUCUGGCCCUGAGCCACCCCUUCGUUGUCUGGUCCUGAUCUGUGAGGCCAUCCCACACCCCAGCAGCCUGGAGCCACCCCUGGGACGAGGGGCCUUCCUCAGCCGGCACAGCUUAGACAUGAAAUUCACCUACUGUGAUGAGAGGAUUUCAGAAGUGGCAGGAUACAGCCCAGAUGAUCUGAUUGGCUGCUCAGCCUAUGAGUACAUCCAUGCCUUGGACUUUGAGGCUGUCAGCAAGAGCAUCCACACCUUGCUCAGCAAGGGCCAGGCUGUGACGGGGCAGUAUCGUUUCCUGGCCCGCAAUGGAGGGUAUCUCUGGACCCAGACCCAGGCCACAGUGAUCUCAGGUGGCCGAGGUCCCCAGCCCGAGAGUGUUGUCUGUGUCCACUUUGUUCUGAGCCGGGUGGAGGAGACUGGGGUGGUGCUAUCCCUGGAGCAGACGGAGCAGCCAACCCGCCGGCCCCCCCGCCCUGCCGAACGGGGGCCUCCCUCGGAGAAGAGCCCCCAGGGUCCCGGAGACGGCUUUGAUAUCCCUGGUCCCAGGAUCCUUGCCUUCCUGAAGCCCCCAGCUCUGAGUGAGGCCACUCUGGCUGCUGACCCUCGCCGCUUCUGCAGCCCAGACCUUCGCCACCUUCUGAGCCCCAUCCUGGAUGGGGCCGCCUCUGCCCCUGCUGCCGCUGCCCCUGCCACUGCCACUGCUGCUACCCCCAGUGGACCCCCAGCCAAAGAGCAUCCUCGAAGCCCUCCCCCGGCAGAUCUCCCAAACGACCUCCUCCUGGAAAUGGAAAACGUACACAAGAUGUUUGGAUUUGGCAAGACCCUGGAAGCUGUGGAAACUCUGGACGUGGAGCAGGACAUCGAGGCACUAGAAUUAGAGAUGCUGGCCCCCUACAUCUCCAUGGACGAUGACUUCCAGCUCAACACCAGUGAGCAGCCCUAUAGGACCCCUCGAAGGCGUCCAGGAGCAACCCCUCGCCCCCGCGCUCGCAGCUUCCACGGCCUGUCACCCCGACCCCCAGAGUCUCUUCCUCUGCUUCGGUGGGGGAGUGACCCACGCCUGAGCCAGAAGAGCCACCCUACAGAAGGAGACCCCACAGAUACCAGCUCCCAGUCUGGAGCUCGGAAGAGAACCCUGCCCCAGAGCUUGGAGGACAGCGGGGCUGAGGCCCUGGGAGCAAAGCCCCCCAAGCGAUCCCCCAGCCCAGCACCAGAACACUUUCUGCUGCCGCCCCUCAGCCUGAGCUUUCUCCUGAGUGGUGAGGCCACCCCUGGCACCCAACCAGAUGCUGACACCAGGCUCCUGGACCUUGAAGAGCCCAUGGCCCUGGGCUCCGCCUCCCUGCUCUCUUUCUAUGAGGAUGAAGAUGCCGCUCAGCCCAGGGGUCACUUCCAGCUGGAGGAGACCUUACCUCAGGAGCUCACCCCUGGCACCUGAGCCACCCCCCUCUCCUCCCUGCCCUCCAGUCCCCUGCCCUCUCCCCCUUCCUCCCUCCCCACACCCAGGACCUCAGCCACACUCCAAGCCCGCAGCCUACGCACAGGAUAGAGGGAUCUGGGGCCAGGGGAGGGGACCGUGUGUCUGCUUCCCAUCCCCAGUCCUUCCCACACAGGGCCCUACCUCACUGUUCCCUCCCACCCUAGCCCUCUGUGUCUCAGGGGACGUGGGUGGCCCAGGGAGAGCCAACUAGACCUCAGCUGGGAUGGAGGGAGUCCCAUCUCAUUCCCACUGG